GAUGCAUUUUGAAUUGUUGUAGUUGUUUUACCAAUAUUUUUUCCCUCUCAAAUUUUUUCGGUUUUCGCGCGAUGACGACGUUCAUCGAUUUAAACGAACGUUUUCAUUUAUCCAAGGUACAUCAGCUGGCUCAUUUUUAUGGAGAGGAUUCAUAUGCACUAAUUACUUGAUUACAUUCCAUUUUUUGAGUGCUGUUCAAGUGCAAACAACAUAUUCAUUUCAUCGGUUUGACCAAUUUUCGAGAUAGAAAUUAGAUUUUCGACGGAAAAUAAAGUAAAUUCCAGAUUUUUAGUUUAAAAAAAGUAGCAAAAGAGAAGAAAAAAAAAAUGGUUGAUUCAAGUACACGAAAAACACUUAGUGGCAUUCCAUUGUUGCAAACAAAAGCUGGCCCACGCGAUAAGGAACUGUGGGUGCAACGAUUGAAAGAAGAAUAUCAAGCUCUUAUCAAGUACGUUCAAAACAACAAAGACUCGGGCACCGAUUGGUUCCGUUUGGAAUCAAACAAAGAAGGCACUAAAUGGUUUGGUACAUGCUGGUGCAUGCACAACUUACUCAAGUACGAGUUUAAGGUUGAAUUUGAUAUUCCGAUAACGUAUCCGGCAACGGCGCCCGAAAUCGCACUACCCGAACUGGACGGUAAAACAGCAAAAAUGUAUCGAGGUGGAAAAAUUUGUCUCACCGACCAUUUCAAGCCGUUGUGGGCUAGAAACGUGCCUAAAUUCGGAAUCGCACAUGCAAUGGCCUUGGGUUUGUCUCCAUGGAUGGCGGUUGAAAUUCCAGAUUUGAUAGAAAAGGGUAUCGUUACGUACAAAGAGCAAAACGAAUCCUAAUGAGUCACCGAACAAAUCAACGCUUCUGAUUUUUAUUGGCAUCAUCCGAUUUUGGAAUAUUUAUUAAUUUAAGACACGUUUUCCUCUUUUUGUUAUUUCUGUACAUUUUCCAUAGCAAAUUUUAAAUAAUAAAAUUGUUGUUGUCAACCUUUA